AUGCCGCGACUGCUUUCCACAGCGCUGUCAUUGCGUCGCGACCCUCGGCUGCUAAGAAUUCCUCCAUACGUAUCUGCUUUUUGUAUUGCCAUUGGCGUUGUUUGGCUCCUUCUUCUACCUCUGGACGACUAUUCGAGGCGAACCUACGUAUCAGAGAAUGCUCUCUUGCCUGGACAAGUGCAUACCUAUUUUGGUGGUAGCGAGCAACAUAUAUUCAGGGCCUUUAGGCACGAGGUCGAUUUGCUUGCCGACAAGAACAAUUAUGAAGUCAACGAUAAACUAGAAUCGAUCCUGACAGGCUUUGGCGUCAAGGUUGGCCGACAGAACUACACCUAUCACUCGGCCGGACAGAUAUAUACUGGGGAGAAUGUGUAUGGUAUUCUGCAAGCCCCUCGUGGGGACGCGACAGAGGCUAUUGUGUUGGUGGCUGCAUGGAAGAGCAUAGAUGAGCAGCUUAACCGGAAUGGUAUCGCGCUUGUGCUCACGUUAGCUCGCUAUUUUAAACGUUGGUCAUUAUGGUCGAAGGAUAUUAUCCUUCUUUUACCUCCAGAUAGCACAACAGGAACACAGGCCUGGGUUGACGCUUAUCAUGACGCUCAUGAUUUUAAACAUAUUGCACCGUUGCCACUCAAAUCCGGUGCACUACAGGGAGCUAUUGCGAUCGAUUACCCCCAUGAGCAGCGAUAUCACGAGCUUCACAUUAUUUACGAUGGCACGAACGGACAGCUGCCUAAUCUCGAUCUCAUCAAUUCGAUUGUCAACAUUGCGGGAGGUCAGAUGGGUAUUGAAACCACCGUGCAGCAGAUGACUGGCCAUACGGAUAGCUAUCAGGAUCGACUUCAAACAAUGCUCCGUGGUAUGCUAUAUCAGGGCCUUGGAUAUCCCACUGGCCCCCACAGCAGCUUUAUUCCCUACCAUGUGGACGCCAUAACUUUACAGCCUACUGGCGAAGGAUGGCAUGAUGAGAUGGCGAUGGGUAGAGUUGUAGAGGGAUCUUUCCGAAGCCUAAACAACCUUUUGGAGCAUUUGCAUCAAAGCUUCUUUUUCUAUCUUCUCAUGCAAAAAAAUCGCUUUGUCAGCAUUGGCACAUAUCUCCCCAGCGCCAUGCUGCUGGCUGCCAAUUUUACUAUCAUGGCCAUCUUCCUCUGGGUCAAAAGCGGACAACCUACCGCGAAGGAUGUAGGUACAGGCAAGCAACAAAGUGAUGGAUUGGAACGAAAAGGGGAUGCCGCGCCAUCCUCCUGGUCUCCUCUUACAGUGGAACGGAACCUUCUCUCACCUCUUACUUUUGUUGCGAUAUGCCAUUCCAUCUCUGCAAUCCCUUUAUUCUUGUUCAACCAUCUUGGCAUAAAUACCCUGCCAUUGGCAUUUUUAAUAUUUUCCGUCACAUCUACUGUCCUUCCAGCCAUCUUCUCUUUCGCUGCUGCCUCACUUCAAAAGCCAACUCCGCAAUACUUUCAGCUUACAAAAUCUUUCUCGCUGUUAAUUCUAGGUGUAUCCCUUGCGACCCUCAGCACACUCAAUUUCUCCCUCGCUUUCCUUGUCGGACUUUUAGCAAGUCCUCUCACCUUCAUUCGGCCAACUGAUAGCGCAGCUACCAGAUGGUUUUUUGCAGCAUUGUUGAUAUUAACCUCGCCGCCUAUUGUUAUAUUAUCAACAGCGUGGACUAGCGGCGUCACUCUGACUGAAGUCCUCAAAGCAGCCAGUUUGGGUUGGAACGUGUGGGGAAUGUAUACACCAAUUAUCAUCUGGUGUAUGUGGUGGCCAGCUUGGCUAAUUGGUAUGACGAAUACCCUUAGCCCCAUUUCUAAUAUAUAGAGGAAUCAUACGAGAUAUGAUUUCACGCGCAGCUCAAGGGAACCUAUAUGCUAGAUUCUUAUGUUACAAUUGGCAUGUGCCUCUAAUUUUGAAAAUUGUUCCUAUUACAUAUAUCAAUAAUAAUAAUG